UAAUUUGAGAAUGUAUGGUCUACGUUAUCAUAUAUUUUUACCGUUUCGUCUGUUGCCACCGAUUAAAGGUACACUAAAAUAGCUAAUGCACUCCUCCGAACGGAGUUGCUGAACGCGGCCUUAGAUUGGCAAGCUUGUCAACCUUUAACAAAAAAUGCUCCUCCCAUGUGCUACGGACGGUACUGCGACGUGGGGCAGAUUUGCGGUACUGCUCCCCUUCCCCCCGCUCGACAGCUGAGAGAGAAGAAAUGGCGAUGCUAGGAUCUUUUAGCUCCGCACAGCAGAAGAAAAAUGUUUCUGGUGGCGACAGAGACGUGACAGAGUUCGUCUGUCCGGUUUGUCUUGAAAUUUUUGAUAGCCCUGUCAGAACAAAAUGUGGACAUACGUUUUGUCAAAGUUGUCUGCAGGAGUGCCUGCGGCCCCAGAAGCCAGUGUGUGCAGUGUGUAGGGCUGCACUGGACCACUGGGCCAAAGCCACUGACCUAGAGGCCCUGAUACACACAUCAGUGGCAGCGUGCAAGGGCUGCGGAGCUCAGGUGGGACUGUCCCAGAUGAGAGGCCACACAGCAGCCUGCUCCAAGUACCAGGAGUAUAUUGAGGAGGGGGUCAGGACCACUGCCCAGACCCAGCCAAAUAUUAUUGGGCCUGUGCCGAACCGCUUCACCUUCUCCUGCCCUUACUGUAACUGUCAGAACCUGGACCAGGACGGCCUGGUGGAGCACUGCACUUCCCUACAUGCCCGGGACACGCGCCAUGUGGUGUGUCCUGUCUGUGCCUCUAUGCCUUGGGGAGACCCCAACUAUAGAAGCGCUGACUUCUUCCAGCACCUUAAGAUUAGACACACCUUCUCUUACGACACGUUUGUGGACUACUCCACAGACGAACACACAAUGAUCCAGGAGGCUCUACAACGCUCCCUCAUGGAGAACUGAGGUGGUGUCUGGCUGGAGGCUGCUGGGAAAAGGGAGGGAUUGGGGUGGAAAAUAAAUUUGCACUGCACCAUCCUUGAACCGGCUAGUGGUGUAGCAACUUCCUGUCAGAAUAACCAGGAAGCCUUUGACGCAUACCCAGCUUCACCUGUUAUCACUUCACUAUUAGACAAUUAUCCUCUAAACAUACAGUAAAUCAGUCGAUACAAGCUAAACUGACAGUUGGUGUGCUUUGUAGGAAUGGUAGAAAUGGAGUGUUGUCCGUAUAUCUCUCCAAAGAAGUGUCGUAUUGUUAGAUCAUUUCGAAUCCUGCUGAGUCAAGUUUAUUUGAUCUGUUCAUUCAUUACAUUGUCUCAUAUAGAGUACUGUACCCAAGGUUUCCAAAGUAAUGUUUUUUUGCCACUGUUGUCAUUACUUGAUUCUGCAAUAAGAGGCUUUGACCACUAGGUGGCUGGCUACCUUUUUUAGCCAACGGAAUGCAGCGUGACGUUAUUCUUUAAUCCAAGGGAGCAUUGUAAGGCGUAUACUGCCAAUUACUCUGGCCGGGAGGAGCGUGUACUUCAACAUGAAGUACUAGCGCGCUGAUGGGAAUGUCUUCUGAUUCUCGAUCCUCCCUGUUAAGUAUCUCCGUGAGUUCUGUUGUUUUUGCUGUAUCUUUUUUCUUUAAGUAGGGACAUGGUUCUAGCGUGAGGCAUGGAGACUGCGCUUGCGAGCGACUGUUCUGAUAAAAGCUGCAUUCUGAAAGUAGUUAUUUGCAUGUGACACGAGCCCUGUUACUGGAAUGUGCGGUAACCUCUUAUGUUGUUUGAGGCGCAGGGUAGAGCCUUGUGCUAGGAGAUGGCGUUCAUUUAACAGACUUCUGUCAUUUAUUUAGUAUUGAUCAGUUAGGAUAUAAGGUAAGAACCUAAUACAAUCCGGUAAGAGUCUAAUGCAAUCUGGCAGGAUCUAUGUCGUUUAUACAGAAAUAAUUGGACAAUUGGAUUUGAUUCACCGCUCGGGCUGCCAGAAGGAUGUAGUUAUGGUUACCCAUGCUUGGCCAGAGGAGGGCAGUAGAGCUCCAUCACUCCCCAUCCAACCUUAGAGGCCCUGUCCCAUUUCUGGAGACUAGAGGUUUUCAAAACUAGUUAUUUUUAUGAGUGCAGACAUGUGUUCUACUUCAUUACCAGCAUACACAUACAGGUCAACUAAGCAUGGUCUUCAACACCUAUGACAAGCAGGAUCAGAUGUGUGGCUUCUGGGAAGGAAUAAAUGCCUGCACGCGUUCCAGCCCCAGGAACUCACCCAUGCACUUGUCAGCUGGGUAGAGUUAAGUAGCAGCAAAAGAUAAUAUAUUUAGAAAACAGGGCAGGGUAGUUGUUCAAUAAGAACACUGUUUUCCGUUUUUAUCGUUUUUCUGGUUCUUUGAAACUUGGCUGUAAUUUGUAAUGGUGAAUGUUUGAAAAGGAAUUGCAGGAAGGUUCAGAUAUGUCCGCUAAGGAAUUGUCUUUAUUUGUGAAUGUUUAAUGAAUUGUUUGCUCUGGAUUUGUAAAAAUGCUGUAUCCUCCCCUUUUACAGUGCUUUUACGUUAUGCCAGAGUUACUGCCACAAGAUCAUAAAACAUAAACAAUAGUGAGUUUCACAACAUCAGUAUGCGGCCAUUAUUAAAAUAAGGAUUUUCAAAAAGGUGAGGGGUGAGGCAUUUUGUCUGGAAUUUGUAUAAAGUUGAUGAAAAUAACGACUAACAUUUAAAUCGAAUGAUUUAAGUAUUUGCUUGCUUUUUGUUUAAAUUUGGAACGACUAGAAGUACAAAAUAAGAUGCAACCUUUCAAUCCUUAAAUGUUCCUUACAAUCAAUAAAUAAAUGGCUAGUUUAAUCAGCAUGUUUUUUCCUUUUAUAAUAUUUAGAGAAUCAUAAAUUGUAUAAUUUUUGUUGAACUACAGACAUCUAAGUGAUCCUUGUGUUCAAAUGUACUAAUCUCUGAAAACCAGGAUUAAUCAGGCUCAGCGAAGAGGCAGUGGAUCAGAGCCAGGAUAUGGUUUUGCUUAAUUGUAAGUUAUAACCGUUUUUUGUUUUCAUUUCCUCCAAUAAAAACCUUUAUACGUGUGAUAGA